AUGGGCACUCUAGUGGGACAUGUAGCUCCAGGUUUUGGUUUCUUGUUGAUUGGUUUGUGGCACCUCUUCAACCACAUAAAGCUCCACGCCCAAAACCCAAAGUCCUACAAGGGCCCAUCAUGGUUCCCAACUGCCAAGUUUAGAUACCUAGAGCCAGUGCUCAUCAUGGCAGGCUGCACAGCCUCCGUAGCAAUGGAACUCUUCAUAGGCCCAGAUCGCCACCAACCUCUUGACCCAGAUGGAACCAUUCCCUCCAACCAUCUCCACAACUUCGAGCACUCUUCCAUCUCCAUCACCUUCUUCGUCUACGCAGCUUCUUCCAUCAUCCUGGACCGGGCCCAAGCCCAGGCCCAAUACGUACUAACCCAGUUUCUCGGGGCCGUAGCCUUUGCUCAACAACUGCUUCUCUUCCACCUCCAUUCCGCGGACCACAUGGGCCCAGAAGGCCAAUACCAUCUUCUGUUACAGCUUUUGGUCUUUGUUUCUCUCUCCACUACAAUCAUUGGAAUUGGGGUCCCUCGAAGUUUCAUAGUGAACUUCGUUCGUUCCCUCAGCAUUUUCUUCCAGGGCCUGUGGUUUAUUGUGAUGGGGUUCAUGCUCUGGACACCUUCACUCAUACCCAAAGGGUGUUACAUGAACGACGAGGAGGGUCACAUGGUGGUUAGAUGCUCUUCCCACGAGGCACUCCACCGAGCCAACUCACUUGUCAACAUUGAAUUUAGUUGGUUCAUCAUUGCAGUCACGGUUUUUGCGGUUUCUCUCUACUUGGUUUUGGUCAAAGCCUACGGGGAGAAGGCGCAGUAUUUUUCGCUCGGGAACGAGGAUGAGGAGUCAAACGACGACGUAGAGUCCCAAAAGGGCGGCGCCUUUGACAACACCACCAAAAGCUUUAUUCACGUGGGCAAAAUCUUUCCUCAAAAUGAUAUGGAAAGAUAG